UUCAUGCUAAUAUCUCAGCCAUUGAUAAUGUUGAAACAAAGGCCAUCAUGGCUAGUAUCAUGUGAGACAUUUUGCUGUUUAUUAGCUUCAUUGUUUCCUAAAGCAUUUUUCACAUCGGUAAUAACCUGGUCAAUAUUUGUAUUAAUAUUCAUUUGUGAUCAAGAUUAUAUUGCAUCACAAUAUGAUAAACCAGUAUUAGCAUCAUGUAUAAGUAUUGGUGGAAUAUUAUUGUUCUUUUUAUGUGUGUAUACUUAUUAUAAAACUAUUUGGGUGGGUGCUGGUUCACCACUUGAUUUUAAUAUCCUCAAAUUGCCAUCAAUCGAUUAUAUUUCUUCAAACCCAUAUGAGAAUACUUCAAUUUCGGUAAAUAAUGAUCAAGAUGAUUUACCUGAACAACUGAGAAGUUUUCCACCAGAACCUCCAGCAGAUCAUAUAAUAUUUCAUACAUUUUCUCAAUCAAAGCCAUAUCGCUAUUGUAAUAAAUGUCAAGUAUGGAAGCCAGAUAGAACUCAUCAUUGUUCAAGUAGUGGAAAGUGUAUAUUAAGAAUGGAUCAUUAUUGUCCUUGGUUUGCUACUUGUAUAGGGUUUAGAAAUCAGAAAUUCUUUAUUCAAUUCUUACUUUAUAGUGGUAUUUAUUGUGGAUAUUUAUUUUUAGUAUCAAGUUCUAUAUUAUAUGUGUUUUUUGCAAAUGAACUAUAUGGUGAUGGGUUUUUAUCAAUUAAUUUGGUCAUUUUAUGUAUUUUAAGUAUAUCAUUUUCCAUAGCAUUAGGUGGAUUUGGAUUAUUUUCUGUAUACUUAUUAUUAAAUAAUUUUACAACCAUUGAAUUUCAAGAGAAAAGAUGGUCUAAACAAGGUAAUAGUAGUUUCAUAUAUGAAUUUGAUGAGCGUGGGAAAAAGCAGAAUCUUGGUCAUAUAUAUGAUAUUGGGUAUAAAAAAAAUUGGACAAGUAUAAUGGGUAAUACUUGGGCUCAAUGGUUAUUACCUAUUGGUUGUACAUCAAAUUCUAUUUAUGAAAAAUACAAUAAUGGAGUUAAUUUUGAAAUUAACGAAGAAUACUAUUCUAAAUGGUGCAAUAAUCUACAAUUACAGGAUCAAUUGAAUCAACAAUUAGCUGAUUAUAAAAAUCGAAUCAGAGCAGAAAGAGAGACAAGAACGAGCAAUGUCUAAAUAACAACAAUAUGUAAUUCAUUAUUUAUAUAUUUAUUUAUUUAUUAUAUAUUUAGCUUACUUUACUUUACUUUAUAGAUAUAAUAGUAAGUAGUAAAAAUAAAUGGCGGGU